AACAUCUGUUUUUUUUUCAGUCGCAUAUAAUAUACAGAUUUUGUUCCAAGAAAAAUCUCUUUCUUCUUAGAAUAACGGUAUCUAAAGAUCCUGAUAGUGUGUCAAAAUGUCACUUUCGGCUGUUAGUGGAAUUAUAUUUAGCUUGGUUCUCGCAGUUCACUGUGAAAGUCCACCAUGUCCACCCGCUGAGGAUAUUUAUCCCUGCUAUUGUUCUGGUGACCAAUGGCUCACAUCUGUUGGAUGUGAAAGUUUAAGCAGCCUUGAUAAAGCUUAUCCUGCUAUAAAAAACACCAAAGGUCAAAAUAUGUCCUUCGCAUUUUGGAAAUCAAAAUUAGGUGAUAUUCCAUCGAAUUUCUUUGAAGGUCAUCAGUCAAUCAGUUUGCAUUUUGAGAACUGUCAAAUUGGAUCUUUUGGAUCUAGGCCUUUUACGGGAUUAGAAAAUACGUUAAAAGACUUGUUCAUAUAUGGAAGUGUGGAUAAGAGAAAAAAGGAUUUAGAAAGUUUUCCUCUUGGUCAUCUGAGGAAAUUAGAAUCGCUUGCAUUCCAAGCAAAUGACAUCAAGAGAUUAGGCAACGACUGGUUCACAGGAGGCCCUAAAACUCUGGAAUACUUAAAUUUGGAAGCCAAUGACAUCGAAGAGCUAGGAGAUAAAGCCUUUGCUUCAUUAGUUAAUGUGCAGCAAAUCUGGCUGGGAGAUAACAGUUUUAAAAAAGUUUCUAGAUCCAUGUUUCCCCGACCCGCAAACAAUCUGAAAUUGCUUGAAAUGAGCUUUAGCGGUUAUUCUGAGCUUCCUGAGGAUAUAUUUGAUGACAUGCCUUCUCUGACAAGUAUAAAUGUAUCUGGAAAUAGACUUCAAACAGUUCCUGAAGCUACAUGGGGAAGAAUAUGGAGUCAACUUGAUGAAGUAUAUCUUGAGCGUAACGUCGGAUUUGUUUGCGACGAACGAUUGAAGUGGAUCUACCAGCGAAAGUUGCCGAAAAUCAUGACAGGUCGUUGCCCAACAAGUGACAACAGCAAGCUUAGUGGAAAGAAUCUGUCUGAAUUAAAACUUUCCGAUUUUGAGUAAAAUUACAAAUCAGAAUGUUAUUUUUCACAUGAAUAAAUAUUUAUAAUAAUUUAA